CCCCGCUCUCCGACCAAACAUGAUGUCCGUCCGCUCUUUGCUCGGCGCCUCGACCGGUGCCCUCCGCCAAUUUCUCCCCUCCUUGUCCCGCAAACCCGCCGGUCUUCUUUCGCGGUCAUUCUCGCAAUUGGCAAAGCUCCCUUUCAGCAAUGGCCUUCGUCUACUGCGCUCCGGAAAGCAGACGGGUGUUGUUAGCGCGACGUUGAGACAGAUUGAGCAGGUCCGCGGGAUGAAGACACGGUCUUCGGUCAAGCGGCUGUGCGAUGGUUGCAAGCCCGUGCGGAGAAAGAACCGUGUCUAUAUCAUUUGUUCGAAGAACCCCAAGCACAAGCAGCGUCAAGGCAAAUAGACCAGAGGGGAUGAAUCCUAUCUCACUCAGGAGCUCGGAGACGACCCUUGUGUGUACUUCGAGUAGGGGGUUUACCUACGUUGAGGAAGAUGGCGGAAAAUCAGGUCUCACGAAAACAACACUUUUGCAUUGUAUGCGGUCUCUCUCAUGGGUGAGAGUUGGAUGCGUGGAUCACAGGGCUAUAGGCUGUCGGGGUCUUGACAUUGGGAAGAACCGUGCAUAUUCAUGGGAUACGACCAACUGGUUGGUUUAGGCGCUUUCCUUUCUUUGUUGCAUUUUUGUUCUCCAUGUACAUUAAUUCGGUUCUAUACACUUCAUUCCUC